AUGGAGAUCAAUGGUGUUAUGAAUUAUGAUCAUACGGCUAUUGGAGAUCAUAUCGUGGAUUUUUUCUCUUCUUUGUUUUCGACUAGCAGCCAUACUAAUACUGAUAUUACGGCGGUGGAGGCGGUGAUUGAGGAGAUGGUUGAAAAUCGUUAUAAUAAUUUGCUCAUUCGCUUGCCGGAUGAAGAGGAAAUUUCUGCUGUGGUUUUUCAGAUGGAGCCGAACAGCUCGCCAGGGCCGGAUGGUUUCUCGGUUUUGGUUGCAUCGUCGCCUGAGAUGGCCAGACAGUUCUUGAAGGUGCACGAUGCAGCCUUCGCCUCGAGGCCUGCGUUUGCUGCAUACAGACACAUCAGCUUCGAUUACUCAGACGUAUCUUUCGCUCCCUACGGCCACUACUGGCGAGUGGCGCGUAAGAUAGUCGUGACCAAGGUGCUGUGUGCUCGAAAGAUAGAUUCCUUCGAGCACACUCGCGUUGAGGAGCGGCGCCGCUUGCUCUCGCGUCUGAGAUCACUGUCGGGGAAGCCGGUCGAGUUGAGGGAGCAUUUGUCGCAUUUCACUCUAUCAAUAAUAUGUAAGAUGCUUUUCAAGGACGAAUCCAUUGUAGACAUGGAUGAAGUGGGCGUGAUGGUGCGCGAGUGGUUUCUGCUUAAUGGAGCCUUCAAUAUCGGAGAUUGGAUACCGUGGCUCGACUCCCUUGAUCUGCAGGGUUAUGUCAAGAAAAUGAAGGCUUUGCGAAAGAAAAUGGAUACAUUUUGCGACUAUGUGAUUGAUGAUCACUUGGAGAAAAGGGCUGCUGCGGGAGAAAAUGACGCCGCCGAGAAAGAUUUUGUAGAUGUUUUGCUGCAACUAGCUGAGGAUGAAGAUGAAGUUGAAUUCACCAGGGACUGUGCCAAGGCGUUGAUAAUGGUAAUAAUUUCUCACCAAUUUCUCUUACAAAGCACUAGAAAAAUCCCACCUAAUUAA